UAUUUUAGUAGUAGUAGUAGUAGUAGUAGUAGUAGUAGUAGUAGUAGUAGUAGUAGUAGUAGUAGUAGUAGUAGUAGUAGUAGUAGUAGUAGUAGUAGUAGUAGUAGUAGUAGUAGUAGUAGUAGUAGUAGUAGUAGUAGUAGUAGUAGUAGUAGUAGUAGUAGUAGUAGUAGUAGUAGUAGUAGUAGUAGUAGUAGUAGUAGUAGUAGUAGUAGUAGUAGUAGUAGUAGUAGUAGUAGUAGUAGUAGUAGUAGUAGUAGUAGUAGUAGUAGUAGUAGUAGUAGUAGUAGUAGUAGUAGUAGUAGUAGUAGUAGUAGUAGUAGUAGUAGUAGUAGUAGUAGUAGUAGUAGUAGUAGUAGUAGUAGUAGUAGUAGUAGUAGUAGUAGUAGUAGUAGUAGUAGUAGUAGUAGUAGUAGUAGUAGUAGUAGUAGUAGUAGUAGUAGUAGUAGUAGUAGUAGUAGUAGUAGUAGUAGUAGUAGUAGUAGUAGUAGUAGUAGUAGUAGUAGUAGUAGUAGUAGUAGUAGUAGUAGUAGUAGUAGUAGUAGUAGUAGUAGUAGUAGUAGUAGUAGUAGUAGUAGUAGUAGUAGUAGUAGUAGUAGUAGUAGUAGUAGUAGUAGUAGUAGUAGUAGUAGUAGUAGUAGUAGUAGUAGUAGUAGUAGUAGUAGUAGUAGUAGUAGUAGUAGUAGUAGUAGUAGUAGUAGUAGUAGUAGUAGUAGUAGUAGUAGUAGUAGUAGUAGUAGUAGUAGUAGUAGUAGUAGUAGUAGUAGUAGUAGUAGUAGUAGUAGUAGUAGUAGUAGUAGUAGUAGUAGUAGUAGUAGUAGUAGUAGUAGUAGUAGUAGUAGUAGUAGUAGUAGUAGUAGUAGUAGUAGUAGUAGUAGUAGUAGUAGUAGUAGUAGUAGUAGUAGUAGUAGUAGUAGUAGUAGUAGUAGUAGUAGUAGUAGUAGUAGUAGUAGUAGUAGUAGUAGUAGUAGUAGUAGUAGUAGUAGUAGUAGUAGUAGUAGUAGUAGUAGUAGUAGUAGUAGUAGUAGUAGUAGUAGUAGUAGUAGUAGUAGUAGUAGUAGUAGUAGUAGUAGUAGUAGUAGUAGUAGUAGUAGUAGUAGUAGUAGUAGUAGUAGUAGUAGUAAUAGUAGCAUGAUUUAA